AUGUUUGCAAGAAUUUGGAAAAAUGGAUCAAGCCUAGUGGUACUUGAUCCAGAAUAUGUGGGAUCAGAAUGGCUACAUUGUCAAGCUAAAUCAAUUAGGUUCGCUCCAAAUAUAAAAACCUUAUGUAAUUUAUGGGUUACAAAAAAUAAUAAUGGUAGUAGUGAAGAAACUAGUAGAAAUAAUAGAGGAAAUAAUGAAUUAAAUUUACCAAAUACUGCUAGUCAUUAUAGUAAUAGUUCAACAAUUCAAGAAAUUGACCUUAAUAAUAAACAUAUCUAUGAAAAUAAAGGUGAUGAAAAUGUUGAUAGUUUUUUGAAUUUACCUAAACAACAACAUGAUAAUUCUUCUUUACAAGAAGUUCCACUUUAA